CUCAGAUAGGCAGUCAGGUGACAGUGGAAUUUAUCGAGCACUGCUGCUGGAGCGUUGUUUUGUUUUGCCCAUUUCUGCUGUAAACAGCGGAACAGAAACAGAAAUUUGCUAUGUCGCUGGCCUUUACGUUGGCCGUCAAACUUGCGGAACACACUUGCCUUUGAAUAAUUAUCUACAAGGAUCUGACUGAAUGAUGCUGGACACUGGUGCCGAGGCCGUGCGGUUUGCCGUGUACGGCAAUGUCACGGUGAUCCCCACACCUGAAAACACAUCGACGGCACCCACCUGGUCCGAGGCCAACGUCACCAAACCGCACAGGUGCCUGCUGGUGCUCUAUGAAGACAUCGGCACCUCAAAAGUGCGCUAUUGGGACCUGCUGCUCCUGGUUCCCAAUGUAGCCUUCUUCAUGUUCCUGCUCUGGAAGCUGCCUUCAGCGCGCGCCAAGAUCCGCGUCACCUCCUCCCCCAUCUUCAUCACCUUCUACAUACUCGUGUUCGUAGUAGCUGCGGUCGGCAUCACCCGUGCAAUAGUGUCCAUGACUGUGAGUGCAUCCAGCGCGGCCACCGUCGUAGAUAAGGUGCUGUGGGAGAUAACACGCUUCUUCCUGCUGGCCAUUGAGCUGAGUGUAAUCAUAUUAGGACUGGCAUUCGGUCAUCUUGAGAGCAAGUCCAGCAUCAAGCGUGUGCUGGCCAUUACGGCUGUCUUGGCUCUGGGUUACUCCAUCACACAGGGAACAUUGGAGAUUCUUUAUCCAGAUGAACAUCUCUCAGCUGAGGACUUCAAUAUCUACGGGCACGGAGGGCGCCACUUCUGGUUGGCCAGCUCCUGCUUCUUCUUCCUGGUUUAUUCUUUGAUCGUCAUCCUUCCGAAAACCAAGAUCAGGGAAAGAAUAUACUUACCAUCCAAGAAGAGUUUCUACGUGUAUGCUGGCAUCUUGGCUGCCCUCAACCUGGUGCAGGGUCUUGGCAGCGCCCUACUGUGUGCCAACAUCAUUGAAGGACUCUGCUGUGUGGACGUGACCACAUUCCUCUACUUCUCCGUCUUCUCUCCUCUCAUCUACGUCGCAUUCCUCAAGGGUUUCUUCGGCUCGGAGCCCAAGAUCCUCUUCUCCUACAAGUCGCAGAUCGACGAGCCGGAGGAGACGGACGUGCACCUGCCGCACACGUCGUCAGGCAUGAGCCGCAAGGACCUGGACCACAGCUCCUUCUCCAGUACGCAGAUCGACGGCUCCACGGGGGCCUACCUGGACGAUGUGGCCUCGGGGCCCUACGGCGUGGGCAGCAUCAACAGCAUCGACAGCGACCGCUGGAGGGCCAUCAACGCCUGAGAAACAGGAAGGGGGGGAGAAGGAGGAGGGGUGAUGGACACGAGCGAUAGCGAGAGUUAGAUGAGAUGAAGAGAUGAUGGAGUGAUGGACACGAGCAAUGAGGAGUGAAAAGGGGGAGAGAGAGAGAUGACAGGCAAGAGGAAUGGAGGGAGGGAUCUGAAACAAUACUAGCAUACACUGUAACACAGCACAGGCGACAGGCGAGGACCACAGGACACACUGAAAGCAAAGAAGAGAUUGCCUCUCUGUGUGUGUAUAAGGGCCGUUGCAACGGCGGAGGUAUGUGUGGCACUCUCUACUGGAGGGGAAGGCAUUCUUUGGCAGAUUGCCCUCCCUCUGUCCCGCCAUCUCUCUAUCUCCCCCUCUCUCCCUGGCUGGCUGGCUGGCUGGCUGCAUCCCUCCAUCCUCUCCCUGCAUUGUUGACAGCUGCUCUCAUCGCAAACCCACCCACCGGCCAAUCGUGAUGGAUGGAUGGAUGCCCACUUGCUACUACCGUACCGAGAGUAUUGUUUUUGUUUUUAAUUUUUUGUUUGAGCCAGCCUGUAGAUGUGUUUAUGCACAUUUCUUUUUUCUCUUUCCCCUUGGCCACAGGUUGUAUUGAUGUGUUAUGCAAGCUUUUGAUGAUUACCCCUCUGCCCUUCCCCCCAGCGCACUGCAUAGCAUGGGUCGAUUUCUAUUUCAUGCUGCCUUUCAUACCACAAUACCUGUUAAUUGUUCAGUCGGUGGCUCGUCCACUCGUUUAGCUGUCGGGUCUUUUCCUCCUCUUCGUUCGUUCGUUCGUUUUGUCGGGUCAUUAGUUUUGAUGAUAGGGUUGUCAUUGGUCUGCCAACACCACCACGGACGCCACUGCCGCUCGCUGCCUCGUGGCUGUGCACUGCUAGUCUCGUCAUCUAGUCGUUGUGUGUCCCUCUUGUCCCUUUUCCCUGGUGCCUGUCUGGUCUGGACAAAUCAUGGGUAUCCACACGACCCUUUGGGACUCUGAAUGACUUUAUACACUGAAACUGUGACUUAGAUGCUCACACACACACACACACACACACACACACACACACACACACACACACACACACACACACACACACACACACACACACACACACACACACACACAGUUGCAGACAUCCACAUGAUGUGGGUGGGAAGAAUGGACACACACACCUCUCUGUAACAUCAAUGCUCAACUAUAGCUUAGUAUAGCAUGGUAUCCUCUCCUGCUUUGCUUGUUAGUAACAGCCAAGAGCUCUGUAACACCCCAUGCCAUACUGAGACCACUCGCCACAAUAUACACAGUUAACGCCAGAUCACAACCAGUGUUGACCCUCAGCCUGUACAGUGACUACCGUAUCUAUUGAUCCUUGUGCACACAGCUCCCCGUUUUCUGUCACAUUUACUCCUGAGCACUCAAGCCUAUUACGCAGUAUUGAGGCACGUAGCCAUUUAAGGCUACAGCUGGUUAAACUUGUAGCUGAGGGAUGGUUUUGCCUUGGUGUAGAAAGAACCCCUCGUAUAAUAGCGUUCACGACACGGUAUAUGUGUCUGGUGCAGUGCUGAAUCCUGAUUGGAUGACGUUGCCUUGGUUAUAGCAAGACCCCCUGUGCCCUCAUAUACAUGAGUUCAUGAUGUGUCUGAAUUGAAGAACUGUUCAAAAGGACGCUUUUGCAUACCUCUGUUGUUGGACAGGUGCGUGGUAGGAUAUUAUCUAAGUGGGGUUGUCAUUCAAGAGUUAAGAAAUCCUGCACACUGUCCAUUCCACCAACAAACUUUAAUACGUUUCGGUCAUCCGACCUUCAUUCGAAGAAGAUCGGAUGACCGAAAAGUUUAAAAGUUUGUUGGUGGAAUGGACAGUGUGCGGUAUUUCUUGACUCUUGAACUGAAGUACUGAGACCUGGAUAGUUGGGUUGCCUUUGUAUACAGCAAGAGACCCUGUUUAAGCCCCUACAGUUGUACAGCUGGUUAAACUGUACUUGAGGAUGCUGAUGCCUCGCCGGUGUGAGUUCACUUGCACAGUAUAUGUCUCUGGUGGAGUGAGGUUUGAGGUCUGCGGUGCGUUUCUCAACAUCGGCACUGCUAACUCAGUUAGCAACUUACUCGGUUGCAACUGGUUUAGUAAGGAUGCUUUCGAGAAAAGGAGUCCAGGACCCCGUUUCUCGACAGCGUUGUUGCUAACUAGUUAGCAACUUAAUAAGUUGCCAAUGGGAAAUUGCAUUGCAACCAAGUAAGCUGUUGUCUUAGUUAGCAACAAUGUUGUCGAGAAAUGCAAUCCAGGGGUGGAUUUCUCAAAACCAAAGUUGCUUACUACAUUAGCUACUUUGCUGUUUUCAAUGCAUUUUCCCAUUGGCAACUACCGAAGUUGCUAACAGGCUAACAGCUUCUCUUUUGAGA